CGUGUCGAGGCGCGUCUUCUUCCUCACUCUGUUUCGAAUCAUCACUCUAAUUAGAUUACAUAGACAUCUGCACUGUAGAAUAGCAAUUGGUUUACGCUUGGAUCACUCAGAGGGGCGGGUGACUCCUCAACUUUCCUUUCCAGAACUUGUAGGUUUAGUACGUUUCAAGGGUUGUAAAGCGGUCGCGUGUUUGAGAAUUAAAAACAUUGUACGAGGUUCCUUUUAAUCUUAGGCUACAUCUUUUCACAGCAACAUGACUUCAUACACGUGGAUUUUACUCAUUCUGGCAAGUCUUGCGGCAACAAGAGCACAAGACUUGGACCUCUCUGAUGCCCUUUUUGAUGAUGAUGAUGAUAAGCCUCCUGCAAAGGCAACGGUGAAACCAGCCCCACCAAAAAACUCAAAUCCAGAUUUUGAUCUGUCAGAUGCCUUCGAUUUAGACCCGAAAAAACCUGCUGUGGUUCCCCCCAAACCAGGAGAUGAUAAAAAGAAACCAUCUGGAGAUGAAUUUGAUCUCUCCGAUGCAUUUGGUCCAGAUGAGGAGCCCAAAAAACCUGUUGUUCCACCCAAAGAGAGAGGAGCAGGUGGUGGAACUUUUGAUGACAAAGACCUUUCAGAUGUGAAUGAGGACGGAUAUGUGCCCGAUAAAGGCCGAAUUGGAGGAGGAGGAGCAGACCCUGGUUAUGAUGAUCAAAGCGGUGGUGCCUCUGAACAACCUCAAGAUCUAAACCAGAAGUGGCUCCAACUUAUCAAGAUGCUAGGCGUUAAAAUACCGGAAGGCCUCAGUGUCUGGAUUGACCAGUUUUUACAAACCGUAGAGCCCCUGCUAGAGCAGUUUCGGGGACUUCUGAAUGUAACGGAGGAAAAGGCAGAGCUCUAAAUGUCUUGUAUAGUAACCUCCUUUGCUUGUGUUGGGAUGAAAUGGUUUUAAACAUUGUCAUGGUGUGCAAAUUAUACUUGGUUUUAAGGCUGGGGCUCUUGGUGUUCAUGGUUUUUUGUGGAUGAGAUGCAUUUGGUCGUGAUCAAAAUUAAUUACGUUGAGAUUUUGCAAAUUUGGCAUUAAGGAAUGAAUUGCAUUUUAUUGCUGACUAGUUUGACUUUUCUUUUUAUGUUGGUAAGGAUUAUUAAAAGCCUAUACACUACCAUUCAAAAGUUUGGGGUCAGUAAGUGUGUGUGUGUGUUAAGAAAUGUUUCUUGAGCACCAAAUCAAUCUUCAGUGUCAUGAUCCUUCAGAAAUCAUUCUAGUAUGCUGGAGUAAUAGUUGUUGGACAUUCAGCUUUGUAUCACAGGAAUAAAUUACAUUUUAAUAUGUUAAAAUAGAAAAGUUUAAAUAUUAUGGCCUUUACUGACCUCAAACUUUUGAACAGCAGUGUAUGUAAUAAAUCAGUAGGUGGUAGGCCUGUCGCAAUAAUCAAUAUAUCGACUUAACGUGCAAUAUAUGUACAUGACCUCAAUUUUUGGUGACAAUAUGUCGCCCAUUAUGUUUACAUGAUGAUGAAUGUCACCAACAUUUUGCGAAUCAUGCUGUCAUCUGCAAUUCCUACACAGCAGUCAUCAACAGGUCAAAAAAAGCUGUUAUUUGAGGCGUUCUAGUGUUUUGCUGACAACUACAGACAGUUUGGAAGAGCAAGUCCGAAUGCUCUCAAUUUCAAAGCCGCAAUCCACUGUUCCGGUGCAAAUAUAAAUUUCUUUGUUCAUACGGACAUCUGACUGCUAAGUAGGGUUUGUGUUUUCAGCAGUAGUGCACCCUUACUUUACUGAGAAAAGGUCAGGGAAAAAUCUGUAAAUGGAAAAUCUCGUGCCUUUUGUGCAUUUGCAGUUGUGUGUUUUUUAACUUGUUACUUUGCACUUUUUUUUUUAGAAAAUAUUUACCAUUUAUUCAAGUUUUUUAUUUAGGAUAUUACAUUUUUUGAUCUGAAAGUGUGUAGGCCUACUUGCAUUUAUUAUGCUGUUAUAUUAUGAUUAUAUAUUAAGUGGCAUAAAAUGCUCUUAAAAUAACAAUAUUAUCAUUUAUCGCAAUUAUUUCUGGAACAAUAUAUCGCACAACAAAAAGGAGUUAUCGUGACAGGCCUAGUAGGUGGAAGCCAAUAAGUUUUUUGUAAUGCAUCUGUUGUACAAAUAAAUGAUGAUUCUGGCUGUGAAAAAGA